UCUUCUCCCGGAGGAGGCGCAAGCAAAGGUGCCAUAAACCUUUCUGUUGCAGCCGUUUCCCCCAUAACACGUUUUCUCAGCUCGCUGUAACGCGAUGAAUCGCGGAGCCUUGUACGAGUCUGAUGACGAUGAAGAAGAAGAAGAAGACGACGACAUCGGCGAAGAUCUCGAAGACUUAAGACGCGCCUGUAUUGUCCCCGAGUCCAAUUCCGAUGAUGUUAUUGCAAAAUCCGGUGAAGGAGGAGGCGGCGGCGGCGGGGGAGAGAUACCUUCGGAUUCCGAGAACGAAGACGACUUCGAGAUGCUUCGGAGCCUCAAGAGCCAAUUAGCUUCGUCGACGGGUCCUCCCGUGGGUCUACCACUGCCUUCAGAUUCGGAGAGUGACGACGACUUCGAGUUGCUUCGGAGCCUCAAGAGCCAGCUGGCGUUGUCGAUGGAUGCGCGCCUUCCUCCCAUGAGUCUCUCCGAUGACGACGACGAAGAUGAUGAUUCUUUUGAAACGCUUCGUGCUAUUCGUAGACGGUUCUCUGCUUAUGCGAAUCUUGAUCCAGAUGGAGCUUUUAUGAAUGAUUCUCUCGGGAAGAAAAAGCAGGUACAUGCCUCGGACAAUGAACCUUCAAGAGAAAUAUUGAGUAGGUCUAAUACUUGUGAAAGCUUUCCAGAUCAGGGGGGAAAAGUUUUCACAUUGCCUGAUUCAGAAGGAACACAAGCGGGUGAUUCUGUUGAUUUACAUGAGAACAAUGCCACUGCACCUCUUGACCAAUCUUCAAGCUUCCCUGAAGCUGCGCAAGCCUUUGUUAAUACUUGUGAAAGCUUUCCAGAUCAGGGGGGAAAAGUUUUCACAUUGCCUGAUUCAGAAGGAACACAAGCGGGUGAUUCUGUUGAUUUACAUGAGAACAAUGCCACUGCACCUCUUGACCAAUCUUCAAGCUUCCCUGAAGCUGCGCAAGCCUUUGUUGAGGCAAUCCGGAGGAACAGGGCGUAUCAGAAGUUUCUUAGAAAGAAGCUGACUGAAAUUGAAGCCAAGAUCGAGCAGAACGAGAAGCACCAGAAGAACGUUAAGAUAGUAGUAGACUUUCAAGCCUCUUGCAAGAGAAUAACUAAACAGGCACUUUCUCAGGGGAAAGAUCCUCGUCUCCAGUUAAUCUCUACUCCAAAAUGUGGACCUCGUGAUAGCUCAGAGGAUAAUGAUAAAAAGAUAUCUCCUUUGACGUUUGGUCCACCGGAAAAUAGCUGUGUUGAAAAUUAUAGGAUGGCAGUAAAGAACUAUCCAGUUUCAGUGAAUCGCAGAAGUUGGUCUACUGAGGAGAAUGAAAAUCUUGCAAAAGGUCUAAAACAACAACUUCAGGAAACACUGCUUAAUGAAGCUAUAGAACGUUCCAGUGACUUGGAAGGUUCUACAGAUGAUAUAGACGCCAUUAAUGAAUCGAUCAAAAAUCUUGAGAUCACACCAGAGAUGAUUCGGCAGUUUCUUCCGAAAGUUAAUUGGGAUCAGUUGGCCUCAAUGUACUUCAAGGACCGUUCUGCUUCAGAAUGUGAAGCUCGGUGGAUGAGCUCGGAAGAUCCAUUAAUCAACCACGGUCCGUGGACUGCGGAGGAAGAAAAUAACCUGCGCCUGAUUAUCCAAGAAAAGGGGUUUACAGACUGGCUUGACAUUGCUGCGUCACUAGGGACAAAUAGGACCCCGUUUCAAUGUCUGGCUCGAUAUCAGAGAAGCUUGAAUGCAGACAUAUUAAGAAAAGAAUGGACUGCAGAGGAAGAUGACCAACUCCGCGCCGCAGUGGAGUUGUAUGGGGAAAAAGACUGGCAGACUGUUGCUAAUGCAUUAGAAGGACGAGCUGGAACUCAGUGCUCUAAUAGAUGGAAAAAGACGCUCCAUCCUACCAGAACGAGGGUAGGGAAAUUUAGCUCAGAGGAAGAAAAACGCUUGAAAGUAGCUGUGACACUCUUUGGAGCUCAAAACUGGCAUAAAAUUGCUCGCUUUGUUCCUGGACGAACCUCUACUCAGUGUCGAGAGAAAUGGGCGAAUUGUUUAGAUCCCAAUGUAAAUCAUGGGAAGUGGAGCAAGGAAGAAGAUGCAAAGUUGAGAGAAGCAAUGGCAGAACAUGAGAUUGGUAAUUGGUCCAAAAUCGCUUCACAUGUGCCUCGUCGUACUGAUAAUCAAUGCCGGAGGAGGUGGAUGCAGCUAUAUCCACACCAAGUCCCUCUUUUACAAGAAGCUACAAGGUUACGCAAAGAAGCUAUUGUAGGUAACUUUGUUGAUCGGGAGUCACAACGUCCUGCUCUUCUCGAAUGCAAGUUUCUUGCACUACCUGAGAUACCUCUUGAGCCAGAACCCGAAAUCGUAGCCGUGAAGAAGAAACGCAAAGCAAGACCGAGGAAAGCAGAUGCAGAAUGCGAGAGUGAAGUAUCUUCUGCUGCUAAAGAGUGGCGGCCAAAGAGAAGGAGAAAAAGAUUAGAGAGAUGCUCAGGAGAUGUAUGUAGACAAGAAAAUGAGACUGUCUGUGAAAAUAUCGAGAAUCUAGACAAUGGAGGAGAGGUUAGGUCUUUGGAAUGGUGUAAAGAGAAUCAAGACAAUGUAAAGGAGAAGAAACAAAGCCGAAGACGCAAAAGUGUUGCAGAAACAUCCAACAACAGCACAGUGACUACCGACUGCUCUCAAGUCAAAGUUGGUGUCAAGAAGCUUACGCCUCGAAGGAAAGUGUCUGCAGUAGUUCCUGUCGAGAACCAAGAUGCACCAAACUAGUUUUCUUUGUUGCUCUUGAAAAUUUUGUCUGUAUAAUAAAUACGUCUAAUUAUAGAAAAACAAUUGUUUCGUGA